UUCUGCUAUUAGAACCUGCCAUAUCCUGACAGAGGGAAUUAUUGAAGGGAAUUUCUCUUUUUUCCCUGGCAAUUGUGCCCCCCUCAUUCCCUUUCUGUUACAUUCAUAAUAAGAAUAACCACUUCUUUCCAACAAAACGUUUCGGACGCGAUCAGGAUUUGGAGAUCGUCUUUCGUAUCCUUCAAUUCCUUACUUUCUUCGCUUGCCUGGGAAUACUACACUCGAAGAAGCAGAAUGCAGGGACCCAGAGGUGGCAGGGAUCCUUUCUUUGACUUUAGUGACCUUUUUGCUGGUUCUGGAGGCUUUGGACCUCCCAGGAGUCUAUUGUCAAACUUUUUUGGGGGAAGGGACCCAUUUGAUGAUCCCUUCUUCACCCGUCCUUUUGGAACCAUGUUCCAGUCUACUCCCUUUGGUCCAAGUGGAAAUCCCUUCACCCCAGAUGUGCAUCCAUCUGGAUUUCUUGAGCAUCAGGCUCCAGAACCUAGAAAACCAAGAGGGCCAAUCAUUGAGGAAUUGAACUCUGAUGAUGAAGAGCAUCAGGCUCCAGAACCUAGAAAACCAAGAGGGCCAAUCAUUGAGGAAUUGAACUCUGAUGAUGAAAAAGAGGAUGCACUGGAGGAGAAGAAAGAAAAUCCGAGAAAGCACGGUAGGUCAAACAAUGAACCCUCGGUUGAACAUCCAGAUGAUGAACCUGAAGGAAAGAGGAUCAGACAUUUUCAGCAUAAAAGUGAGAACAACAGAUUCAAUGGUACUGGACCUCUGCCUCAGUCUCGUAGCUUCUGCUUCCACAGCUCAACAGUCACCUAUGGUGGUGCAAAUGGAACAUAUUAUACUUCGUCAAGGACAAGGAGGACUGGUAGUGAUGGAGUGACCUUUGAAGAAUGCAAAGAGGCCGAUAGUGCCACGAGACAAGCUGCCCACAUAGUUUCUAGAGGCCUUCAUAACAAGGGAAAUUCCCUUUCAAGAAAACUCAAUUCAAAUGGUAAAGUGGAUACUGUGCAGACCUUGUACAAUCUAAAUGAAGAUGAACUUGCUGGCUUUGAGGAAGCAUGGAAAGGAAAGGCUCAAAAGUAUUUGCCUGGAUGGACUGGUAGUAUUGGAGCUAGCACUAGCGCACCAGAUGAGCAGGCCAGACAGGGUGGUUGGGCGCUCCCUUCUACAGAGCAUAAUCAUUCCGUGAGAACAAUGCCUGAAGUUAGAGACAAAGUAGGCUCUUCUUCCUCACAUGAAUGGGCAAAGACAGAUGCUAGUGAUAGGAAUGCAUAUCAUCAACGACGGCGAGGCCAAAAGUAACCUGCCAAGUUGUCGGGCCACAUUUACUCCAGCGUCUUGCUGUCUUUCAUUUUAUCACUUCCUUUUUAGGUUUUUCUGCCCUUUCCCAAUGGGUCUAAUGAUGAUUUGGCUGGCUUAUGUAUAUUGGUAGUAAGGAUUUUUCCAUUGAUAUCGCUACGGUCAUGCUUGGUUCCGAAACUUCCACAAUUUUUUUUGUGACGUGAUUGUAUAACAUAAGUAGUUUAUAUUAUUGCGGUACAUGCGCCUGGUUGAUCGU